UGUAUCGGCCAAUCCUAAAUCAAUCUCUCUCUCUCUCUCUCGCUCGCUCAAACCCUACUACAUUACAUCGGCCUCACGAAGCCACCGACGCCGUCCCCCCCUCUUUGCCGAAGACUUCAUCAUCUCAAUGGAAAACCAAGCUGAUCAGGAACCCUCUCUCGAUGAAAUGGAAUCUCUCUCCAUCAAUGCUCCGGCGGAAGGGGGCGCCUCCUCGAGUUCCCCUGCGGUCACCCAGAUGAGCCCGGAGGAGAGGUUUCGGAUCGUGAGGAGCGUCGGGGAGGAGUGCAUCCAGGAAGACGAGCUGCUGAACCUCCUGACCAAGAAGCCCGUACCCAUUUGCUAUGAUGGGUUCGAACCAUCCGGCAGGAUGCACAUUGCUCAGGGAGUCAUGAAGACGAUUAAUGUGAACAAAAUGACUUCUGCCGGAUGCAAAGUGAAGAUAUGGAUUGCUGAUUGGUUUGCUCAGUUGAACAACAAAAUGGGUGGAGACUUGAAGAAAAUCCAAACAGUUGGACGCUACUUGAUUGAGAUAUGGAAAGCUGUCGGCAUGGAUCUCACAGAUAAUAAAGUGGAAUUUCUGUGGUCGUCAGAAGAAAUUAACUCCAGGGCACAUGAAUACUGGCCACUGGUUAUGGACAUUGCCCGCCGAAACAAGCUCCCUAGGAUAAUCAGGUGCUCAACGAUAAUGGGUCGUAGCGAACAGGAUGAACUCACCGCGGCCCAAAUUCUCUACCCAUGCAUGCAAUGUGCUGACAUAUUUUUCUUGAAGGCUGACAUUUGUCAACUGGGAAUGGAUCAACGGAAGGUGAAUGUACUUGCUAGAGAGUACUGUGAUGACAUAAAGAGAAAGAAUAAGCCUAUUAUUUUGUCUCAUCAUAUGCUUCCUGGUCUGCAGCAAGGCCAAGAAAAAAUGUCAAAAAGUGAUCCGUCCUCAUCUAUCUUCAUGGAAGAUGACGAGGCUGAGGUGAACGUGAAGAUAAAAAAAGCAUACUGUCCACCUCAGAUUGUUGAAGGCAACCCUUGUUUGGAGUACAUAAAAUAUAUGAUAUUGCCGUGGUUUGAUGAGUUCAAAGUCGAGCGAUCUGCAGAUCACGGCGGUGACAAGACCUUUAAAAGCUUUGAUGAACUUGUUGUCGACUACGAAAGUGGAGAUUUGCAUCCUGGCGAUCUGAAACCAGCCCUUUCAAAGUCUUUGAAUAAGAUACUUCAGCCUGUACGUGAUCAUUUCAUCAAAGAUGCCAAUGCGAAGGAUCUGCUAAAGAGAGUUAAGGGAUACAGGGUCACCCGAUAAUGUGGCUCAUGGUCGCUAAAGGACGUGACAACCGGUUGAUUACUAUUGCAGUCGUUUUGACGAAAAUAUACUUUUAGGUUUGGACCUCAGAGAAUGUUUUUUGUCCUCGUGUUAUGAGCACGCCAAGUACUUAAUUUGCAAGCUACUGGUUACUUGCACUAAUUUACGUGACAUCUUCGUUGAAUCAACACAGGAUUUUCUUGUAAAUUGCAGUGGUGGUUAAGAAUUUGGUCAACAGUUUACCUGGUAUUGAUUUGCAUUAUUCAA